UUUUUUUCCUUAAAAUUUCGAUAACUCAAAAUUUGAGAUCAAGCUUCUCGGAGAAAGUAAAUUCUCUGAGAAGGCGAUUUUCAUCGAGCGACGAGCAAGAAACAGAAAAUACCGAUCCCGAAAGUUUUUAUCUAACGAAAGACGCAAAAAUCCCCGAUAAAAAUACACACCCCAAGGUCACAAAUUUAAAUCUUUCGGGCAGCGAUUCAGUUAGUAAUAGUAUAAAUAAUAGUAAUUAUCAUUCUCCGCCCGUAGACUACAGUGAUAGCAGUGGUUACAGCGAUAAAGAAAUCAAAUCCAAAAUAUCCCAGUCUUCCAACAAAAAUGCUAGGAUACCCACUUUAAGUCGGCCAAAGGAAAAAUAUCCGCCAAAUAUAUUAACCAAAGAUCGAACUCCUUCGUAUUUAUCAUCACAAGAGGAAAAAAUGGAAUCUGAUAAUAGCAAUAACAUCGCUUAUCUGACUCCUGGCGAAGAGUCUAGGUCCCUUAAAAAUAAAACCAUUUCUCCUCCCAAAAGGCAAUUGACUAAGGAUGUGGCUAAUACUGAACACACAUCCGAAUACGGAUCUCCGCCAUCUAAAAAUCCUCCUAUCAACGUCAGUGUCGAUUCAAGGAACGAAGAAGUUAUAAAAAUGAAGCAAGGACCAGACGGCAGGAUAAAUCGUAUGGACGCCCCAGUAGGACGCAAGCGGUACCAUGUCAGAAGCCAAAGCCAGACCGCGAGUCCCUCUACUCCUGACUCCAACAUCGCGCCACUUACUCAAAAAAAUUCUAACACGUUCUUUGACAAUUGUUCGAUAGAUCAACAACCGUCAAGGGCAAGUGGUGAUUCUGGGCGCAGUUUUUCUUCCAAUUUUGCGGAAAAUUUAAAAGGACUAUUUUCCGGUUCCCUAUCUAACCUAUCUAACGCAGCUCAAUCUUUGGUAGCAUCCGCUACACCGACUAGUAUGAUCAACCCUUCUUUCUAUCAUCAACAAAACUUCAUAGGAAGUUUAGGGAGCUCUCAAAGAAGAUCUUCAGGAUCCGUAGUAAAUUAUAAUAGACGGGGUAGUUCAAAAGUUUUCGAUAAAUACAAAACCUUGCUUGUCAUAGAUGAAAGACACACUGAUUGGUCGAAAUAUUUCAAAGGGAAAACGCUGAACGAUGAAUGGGAAAUCAGAUUGGAACAAGCCGAAUUCAAGGAGAUAAAUGUGGCAGCUUAUACCGACACUGGGACUGUGGUUGAUAUGCAAUUGAUGAAAGGGGGAACCAAGGUUAUUAGAUCAUUUAAACCGGAUUUCAUACUCAUCCGCCAGUACGUUAAAGAUGUAAGAGAUGAUUGGAAGAAUAUCCUAUUGGGAUUUAUGUACGGCAACGUUCCGACUCUCAAUUCUCUCGAAUCAAUUUACAAUUUCCACGACAAACCCAAAAUUUUUUCGGAAUUAAUCCAAAUUCAGCAGAAACUUGGAAAGGAGCAAUUCCCUCUCAUAGAACAGGCUUACUAUCCCAACUACAAGGAAAUGAUGAUUACGCCGAAAUUUCCGAUUGUCGUCAAAAUAGGACAUUUUCACAAUGGGAGUGGAAAGAUAAAGAUAGAUAACCAUUAUGACUUCCAAGACAUAACAAGUAUUAUAGCUGUUAGCGAAUGUUAUUCUACCAUAGAACCUUACAUCGAGAGCAAGUACGAUAUUCACGUUCAAAAAAUCGGACAGCAUUAUAAAGCCUUCAUGAGGAAAUCCAUCUCCGGAAAUUGGAAAGCUAAUACGGGAUCGUCUAUAUUGGAAGAAAUACCUGUCAAUGAAAAAUACAAGCUUUGGGUAGACGAAUGCUCUAAAUUAUUCGGCGGGUUGGAUAUUUUGGCGGUGGAGGCCAUCAAGGCUAGAGAAGGAAGGGAAUAUAUUAUAGGGGUGAACGAUUGCUCGAUGAAUCUAUUAGGAGAGUCGCAAGAAGAAGAUAGAAGAAUCAUAGCUGAGUUAACUGUGAAUAAAAUGGAGCAGUCGUUACUUGUUCUUAUCAGUGAACCUUCACCAACCGAACAUCAAAGCGAUAAGAGAAAAUCAUCUAUCCAAUCCAAGACCCCUCAGCAACAGUUGCAGCAAUCCUUAGCAACGCGAUCUCAAAGCAUGAAAGAUAUCGAAAGCAAUUUCACUCCCCGUGAUGCCACCGAUUCAAGUCGAGAAAAAUUUGAUUCUUCUCCUGAUAAUUUAUAUUAUUAUCAGCACACAACGUCGAUCCCUUUGUCUAUACCAAACACCAAUGUUAAGGAAUAUGGCAAAGGAAACGCGCGUAGUCAAGAUAACUUGUACGGCCUAGCAACUAGUAGUGGUGGGCAGACUUCUCAAACGACAAGAGCUGGCGACUCUAGACCACCCCCAAUUCCACCUCAUCCAAAGAAUUAUACCGCUAAUUAUAAUACUCUUAAAUCUACUAACACGACCGAUGCCACAAAUAGGUUGUCGCAAAAAUCUCAAGCAGCAUAUAUAGCUCCAUCGACUGUGGCUUCCUCUACGAUGGCCAAUAUACCACCAGCUUCUCGUUACCCGGGACAAAGCCCGUCUCGCCAAAAUUCUUUAGUUAAGAUUUUGGAUUCCUCUGCUGGCCACCAGGAUAGCGUAAUGUCUUCCCCCAAAAGAGAUAAUAUCACUUUUCCCACCAGUAAUGCACCUAAACAGCAACAUAGAGAUCUUAUGGAUCUUGAUUAUGGUGCUUAUAGUGGUUCUUCAAACACUUUCGAUAAUUUCGGUGAUAGCGUGCGAUCUAGAUCUAAUUCUUAUAGCAAAGAAAAGGUUGACAAAGAUAUUGUAGGAGAUACUAUGGGUAAUUUGAGGAAAACAUUUGCCGGAAUUUUCGGAGAUUUAUAGACAUCCUCUAAAAAAUUUUUAGCAGUACACAAAACAAACGGAAUUUAUUUGUAUUUUUUUAUAAAUAAAUUAUUUAUUUUUAUAACACACAGAAUUAUGAUCAGCUUUCGCUUAUAUUUAUAAUAUGAUCUACAAUAAUUUGUAUAAUAUUG